CCCCUUGCACAGCAUUCUGCCAAUCCGCUAAGCGGCAGUAUUGGUAUAACGUAAGAUAAGGUAGUUAGGUUGAUGUUAGUUGUUUUACAUAACCAGAAGAAGAUCUCAAAAUAAGCAUAAUUUGGUGAUUCCUGGUAUUUUGCAACAACACUUCGGUGUUUUGGUGUUUAUGAUGGAUUUUCUCAAAGCCGAAAUCGCUAGGAAGAGGAAGUUAAUGGAAGAGAAAGAUCUUAUGGAUGACAACAAAAAGUACUUCAAGCGAUCUGAUCUUGCCCGCAAAGAAGAGGAAGAUUAUUACAAAAGAUGUGGUUAUAAGGUUGCUAUUGAAAAGCCCGAGGCACAGGUGGAGCCGAAAGCGCCGGAGGCCAAAGCAUCCAGUUCAUCCAAUCCCAAGCUGGAGCUGGAGAUGGCCGAGGAGAGGCUCCCAAUGACACUCUCUCGCCAGGAGGUGAUCCGCCGACUUCGUGAGCGUGGAGAACCGAUCCGGCUGUUCGCAGAGUCCGACUACGAUGGCUUCCAGAGGCUGAGGAAGAUCGAGAUCCAGGCCCCAGAAGUGAACAAGGGUCUAAGGAAUGAUCUGAAGGCAGCCAUGGAUAAGAUCGACGCGCAGUACCUCAAUGAGAUUGUGGGAUUACAGGAGCCCGGUGAGGUAGACACACAGCACGACCUGAAAGUGCAUGAGGAAAACACCACUAUAGAGGAACUGGAGGCUCUGGGUGAGUCCUUGAGCAAAGGAGAUGACAAUGGCGACAUGGACAUCAUUGACAAAGUCUUGAAGUUCUUGCUGGGUGUGUGGGCUAAGGACCUGAAUUCGCGAGAGGACCACAUCAAGCGCAGCGUCCAGGGAAAGCUGGCCAGUGCUACACAGAAACAAACGGAGUCUUACCUCAAACCACUCUUCAGGAAACUACGAAAGAAGAAUCUGCCCGCAGACAUCAAAGAAUCAAUUACAGACAUCAUUAAAUUCAUGUUGCAGAGAGAGUACGUAAAGGCCAAUGAUGCGUACCUGCAAAUGGCAAUUGGCAAUGCCCCCUGGCCCAUCGGUGUGACCAUGGUGGGUAUCCACGCCCGUACGGGACGAGAGAAGAUCUUCUCGAAACACGUGGCGCACGUGCUGAACGACGAGACCCAGAGGAAGUACAUCCAGGGAUUGAAGAGGUUGAUGACCAUCUGCCAGAAGCAUUUCUCCACCGAUCCCUCCAAGUGUGUGGAGUACAAGGCCCUCUGAUUCUCCACUGAGAUGUCCUUUUUCUGCGUGCACGCAUUCCUGCGUGCGUGCAUGCCUGCGUGCGUGUGUGUACACACAAACACACUUGCACAUUUGGCCAUGUGUAAAUAGAUGAGGACAUGUCAUUCUUCAAGUCUUUUAAUAGGAAGGUCCCGACACGGCGUUAUCAUGCAAGUCAUUUCAGUUUGAGUAAUAGUACUUUGACCGUGUCACAGACAGCAGUGGACUACAGCGUCUCAUAUGUUUUUUUGGGGGGGAAAUUAUGAAUUUGCUGAUGAGAAAUGAGGUGUGUAAGUUUUAUUAUGCAGAUCUCUCCAAAUCUGUGUUGGUAAAUGUGUUUUACAGGGACGUUGGGUCUUAGGACCCAAUCAAACUGUCUUUCACCACGUUCUUCACCUGUAUUUGUGUGUUUUAAUUAAACCUUUUCAACCAAG